AGAGUAAACAAACCAAAUGUUGCGCCACCACACAUAGACUAUGCAAAAGUCUAAAACCCUAUAAAAGAAGAAAGAAGAAAGAAGAAGGCAAUACCUGGGAGGAAAGACCCAAGAAAGUAUUAUCUAGACUCUUCAGCAGUGACAGGUCAACACGAUGUCAAGUGCCAAGGAGGUCACGAGUCAGGAGAGAGAAGUGACAGAAGAGAAUGAGAACAUCAUCUUCAGUGGCGAGAAUGUGACGGAUUUGUGUCUCCAGGACCAAGGGACAGAGGACAGUCUUCCCCUCCUGAAGAAGGUGAGCAGGAGGUGGAAGGCCCUACCCGCGCAGGGAGAUGACGUUACCAUAAAGGACCCCAAGCUGAAGCAGGGGUAUCUGGGGGACUUGAGGAAGAAGUCAGUCAUUGAGCUGGAAGAUGUGCUCAGAAGGCAGGAUACCAUUCUCAGCAAUAAAACACUGCUGGCUAACCUUCCAGACAGGGGUGAACGCCUUAGAGGAAAGAGAAAUGAAGUUGCUAAGGCUCUUGAGGAAGUGAGAGAAAGGGAGUGGAAUUUGAGAACUGCAUAUCUUCCUGUUGAUGUGCAAGCACUAGAAUGGAGAGGCAUCAAUUGCAAUGAAAGUCAGAGAGUUACAACCUCUAAACAGCAAAAAGAUGAUGAAAUUGAUAGUGAUGAUGAAAAUUUAGACCCUCUGGAGCUCAUGGCUCAGCACUCUUCUUGCAUCAAGAAAAAAAAUCACAGAAAGUCCUGGUCUGAAGAGGAAGAUCCAGCAGAUGUUAUAUCCCGCGAACUGAAGCAGAUGGAACUGAGAGAUGCACUAGAGUCUGCAAACAAUGAAAAAGAAAAAAACAAUGAAGGGAGAGGUGAAAGCUCUACACAUAGAAAACACUUAGGAAAUGAAGAGGAGGGUAUUCAGAAUCAAGUCCCUAGCCAUUCUGCACUUGAUUUUGGUACAAAACGUAUUCAGAUGGUGGAGUUACGACGGUUAAGAAAUGGUGAAAUCAGAGAGCCUUUCAAACCAUAUAGACGACUUGAACAUCCCCAGCCUAUUCCUGGUCUGCAACAAAUAAUAGAUAGUCAUCGACCAAAGUCAGAUCGCCAAGCCAAAAUGAUAUCACUACAAGAGUCUAUAACCCUAGAACGUAGCUAUCUCUCCAAAAUGAAGGAGAGAGAGCUGAAAAAGACAGUGGAAGCACUUGCACAGAUGAAAGAUGCAAAAAUGGAAAUUGGAUUACCUCCCAAAGCAUCAUCGUUGAAGUACAGGGAUGUCAAUGUUGGAAAGCAUCUCUUGGAUUCAGAUGAAGAGGAUAUUUGUUACUUACCUGCUCAUGCAGAUGAUUAUGAUGAUGAUGAAGAAGAAUUUUAUGGAGGUUGAUUGUUAACAUUUUCAAGAUUAAAAUGUGUACCACAA